AUGAGGAAGAAGAAUUUGCCGCUGAAGGCAAAUGCAAGAAUGAACCUGCAAAGUCCUCAAUAUCCUUGUAUUCUUAAGGAAGAGGAGGUGGGCGAUGACGAACUUGAAAGAAUGCUAGAAGAGCGAUAUAAGACAAGAGCUAAUUUCGUUACAUAUGCAGAUAAUGGUUAUGAGCAUAAAAGAUCAAUUGUGUUAAGGUCAUUGCGUUCUCUGAUUCUUGAAAUGGGGGCAUUGUCACGAUCAACCAGUGAUCGAAGCUUUGAAAAUGCUGCUUUACGUGCUCUUCGUAAGUUAUGGAACUUGAGGAGUUCAUUGAAUCUUUUGGGAACUACACUGGAUGUAGAAACUGGGGAAUGGAUAGAGCACUCAUUUGGAAUCGGGGUUGGUAUUGUUUGUUGCUAA